AGACUGGAUUGCAGACCAAGAUCCGAUUCCAGAGGUCGUCGCGAUGGCAUGCUGGCCCGGGUACGCGCUCGGCGUCCGCGAGACGUGCUUCCGCCCGAGCUCGAGCUCCGACGCGGACGUGGAUGCAGCGCUGGACGCAGCGGAAGCAAAGCUACAGCAGUAUAUGGAGGCGCUCGUUAGGCGAAAGGCGCCGGCGCCAUGGGGCCUCGCCUGCAAGGAGGCAAGUGGCCACCCGGUGCGCAGCCAGCCAGCGUCGCCACUGCGCAGUGCGCAAGACGAACCCAUCGAGGUGGAAGGCAAUGGCGAAGAGGAAGUCCUCGCGUUGGAGCUCGAUGAUGACGACGAAGAGGACGACGAGGACAUGGACAUGGAUGACGAGAUCGCGCCGACGCCCGACCGACGCCACUUUGUCUUGGCCGACGACGACGCCCACGACACGUUCAACGCGAGCUUCGAUGCGAUUGGCACCACGAGCAGCGCCCAGCGCACGAUCACGUUCUUUCCUUCGCCGAUCGAGACGCGACGGACGACGCCACGCAGCGCAGCGCCGCACUUCAGCGAUGCGAGCCCCGUCGUGCCUUAUCCUCGAACGAUCCCCGAGCCCAUGUCCACGGACAGCCACAUGUCGCUUCAGAUGGACGACCCGGAUGCGAGCCACAUGUCGUUGGAUUGGGACUCGAGCCUGCGCUAACGCCCCAGUAAUUUGGUAUUUAUGAUCCACUCGUUGCGUAAUGGGCGGCGUGCGCAGAACGACCGCAGCAUAGCCGUAGCCCGGCGCGUUCCGAGCGCGGUGCCCAAAUCCGACACCUGGAUGCAGCGGCGUCUCGUGGGCUGUCGUCGGCUCGUGCUCGCAAUGGUUGAGGCGCCGCUUCAAGCACGGGCACAGUCGCCCAAAGAAGCGGAGUCGUCGGCGUGCGUCACGGCAUCGUGUUUACGGUCGGCGCCGCCUCGCGUCGGCCCGCUUA